UCGCAAGCGGUCAUGGGUGUGGGAUACUCGACCAAAGCGCCGUCUGCGGCGGAGCUGAGCCACCUGACGGCCAACUCUGAGAUUGGACGGGAUGAGCUGUCUGCCAUGGUUGCGGCGCUGCAAAAAAUCGAAUCGGGCCGUCUGUCCGAGUCAAAGUGGAUGGAGGUGGCUGAACAGGUGGGCUUUGGCACCACCCGCCAGUUCCGCCGCGACUUCUUCAAGCUGUUUGCCGACUCUGGCAAGAUGUUUGUGAAGGAGUUUGCUGUCUUCUGUGUCCUUUUGCACACCACCUCGGCCAAGACCAUGGUCUCUGCUCUUGCAGGCUUGUUUGAUCCGGCGGGUCUGGAUGAGCGCGAGGUCAAGACCUUGUUUGUCAUGAUCGCCAUGUCGGUCAAGCGAUGCAACUUUGUCCUGCCUGGCCUGGUGCCCGAGUUUGACACCACCAUUCCAGCCUUUCUUCUGCCGUCGUCCGAGAAGCGCCCGCUGCACAAGGUCGCUGCCCAGCUGUUUGCCGAGGUCGAUGUCAACAACGACGGCAUCAUCUCGCAGGAGGAGCUGAAGAAGUUCCUCAAGUCGUCCAAGGUCAAGGAGGUUGCCGACUACUUUAAGGUGGUGGCCUCGGCGCUGCCCAAGUCGCGUCCGGCCGGCACCGUUGACGCCACCCUUAUUGGCGGCGGCGCGAUGGCGACGACGUCCAAGCGCCGCAAGAAGACGAAGAAGAAGACAAGCAGCAAGAAGAGGCGCCGCAAGUCGACAACCGGCGCCUCAUCGACCAAGAAGCGGCGGAAGAAGAAGCGGCGGGUAUCGGCCGACGGCGGGGGUACGACGACGACGACGACGACGACAAGCAAGAAGAAGCGGCGGAGAAAGUCAACCGGCGGAAGCACCAAGAAGCGCCGCAAGAAGAAGCGGACAACGAGUACCUCGACCAAGACUGUGGCGUCGGCCGACGGGACGCGGACCAAGAAACGCCGCAAGAAGAGCACCAAGAAGAAGCGGGUCAAGAAGCAGGUCGCCGACGACGGGACUGCGACGACCACGGCGACGGUUGUCAAGACCGACGCCGCCGCAAGCGUCAAGAGCUCCAAGGGCUCCAAGGGCUCCAAGUCCAAACGCCACAAGCACCGCAAGCGGGUCGUGACGACGGUCAUUGAGAAGCCAAUGUCCGACGAGGCCGACGGUGCUGCGGCCUCGGGUUCGGACUCGGGCUCAGGCGAGUCGGAAUCGAGCUCCAGCUCCAGCUCCAGCUCCAGCUCCAGCUCCAGCUCCAGCUCCAGCUCCAGCGCGAGUGCAGGCAAGGCUAGCGGCAAGGGCAAGGGCAAGGGCAAGGGCAAGCGGCCAGAGCGCGACGCCAAGGGCCGGCCGAUCGCGUAUGUGCGCGACCACUCGCAUCCGUCCAACUCGGCGUACACGUACACGUACACAAUGCCCUCGGAUGAGCCGGAGCGCCAGCAGAGCAAGACGAAGAAGAGCGGAAGCAAGAAGAGCAAGAAGAGCAAGAAGAGCAAGGGCAAGGGCAAGGCUGCGCCGCGGCCCAAGUACCGGCGGCGCAAGAAGCUUGCGGAGCGUGGUUCGGGCUCGUUCUCGUCGGACGUGGCUGCCGAGGUCUCGGGCUCCGACCUCAUCAUUCGCAUCAACCGGCGGUCGUUGGAGCGGCCCGGACACCGCGGCUCGCUGCGGUCGACAGGCGGUGCGGCGCGGGUCAUGGUUGUCGACGCCGGCGCGUCACUGCGGGCCUCGCACCGCUCGCUCGGGCGCUCGCACCUCCGUACCCGCUCGCUCUCGCGCUCACGCUCGCGCAAGCCGCUUGUGCUCGUCGCCUCGGACUCGGGCUCGGAUCUGGCGUACCUCUCGGCUGGCUCGGACUCGCCCAUCAUCAUCCGCAAGUCAAAGCACCGCCACAAGCACCGCCACAAGCACAAGGGUAAGGGCAAGAAGAAGAGCAAGCACAAGCACAAGCACAAGUCCAAGCACAAGUCCAAGCACAAGUCCAAGCACAAGUCCAAGCACAAGUCCAAGUCCAAGGCCAAGUCCAAGGCCGGCUCUGACUCGAACGAUGACGCUGGCCCUAGCAGUGACAACAGCAACGGCUCGGCCGCUUUGGAUGCUGCGGCGUCUGAUGGCAAGGCCAAGGCCAAGGGCAAGUCCAAGAAGGCCAAGGCCAAGGGCAAGUCCAAGAAGGCCAAGGCCAAGGGCAAGUCCAAGAAGGCCAAGUCGAGCAAGAAGGCGUCCAAGUCCAAGUCGAGCAAGAAGGCGUCCAAGGGCAAGGGCAAGUCAAGCAAGAAGGCGUCCAAGUCCAAGGUUAGCGCCGAGUCCAGCGCUAGCACCAGUGCAUAA